ACAACGGACAAUGCAGGGGACCCCAGAGGAAGAGACUGACAAGGGGGUGGGGAAAGGCUUUAGCCCAGCUGUUGAGCUCCCACUAGGAGAGGGAAAUUAGCAUGAGGGAAGGGCACAGUGUGUGUGUGUGUGUGCGUGUGUGCGCGGAGGGGGGAUGAGGAAGGGUUUCUCUUUCUUUCUCUCAGUGCUCAGUUAAUCCUGCUGUCAGUUGGUGUUAAGGCAGCAGUCUAAACGCCGGAUUCCAAGAGAGAGAGCUGCACAGUACAGAAGGCAGAGCAGAAAGGAGGAGGAGGAGAGAGAGAAAGAGACGAGAGGGGGGGGGAAAAAAACCAAAUCUAUGCUUGGAACUGAGGUUCUUUUUCGCCAAUGCAAAAGGGAAUAUGCAGCACAUUUUUGCCUUCUUCUGCACCAGUUUCCUAGGGACGGUGUUAGGGGCCAAUUUCCCCAACAAUAUCCAGAUAGGGGGAUUAUUUCCUAAUCAGCAGUCCCAGGAACAUGCGGCUUUUAGGUUUGCAUUGUCUCAGCUCACAGAACCCCCUAAACUGCUUCCCCAGAUUGACAUUGUGAAUAUUAGCGACAGCUUUGAAAUGACAUACACCUUCUGCUCGCAGUUCUCCAAGGGCGUCUAUGCCAUCUUUGGGUUUUACGACAGGAAGACGGUGAACAUGCUCACAUCCUUCUGCGGGGCACUCCAUGUCUGCUUCAUAACACCCAGCUUCCCCGUCGACACCUCCAACCAGUUCGUCCUCCAGCUGCGCCCAGAGCUUCAGGAUGCCCUCAUCAACAUCAUCGAACACUACAGCUGGCAGAAGUUUGUGUACAUUUACGAUGCUGACCGGGGCUUGUCAGUCCUACAAAAAGUGCUGGACACAGCUGCCGAGAAGAACUGGCAGGUGACAGCUGUCAACAUCCUGACAACAACAGAAGAGGGCUACAGGAUGCUCUUCCAGGAGCUGGAGAAGAAAAAGGAACGGCUGGUGGUGGUGGACUGCGAGACGGAGCGGCUGAACGCCAUCCUGGGCAAGAUCAUCAAGCUUGAAAAAAAUGGAAUAGGAUACCACUACAUUCUAGCAAAUUUGGGAUUCAUGGACAUUGACCUGGUAAAAUUCAAGGAGAGCGGAGCAAAUGUGACUGGCUUCCAGCUGGUGAAUUACACAGACACCGUUCCAGCAAGGAUCAUGCAACAGUGGAAGAACAGUGAUGCCAGAGAACAUCCUCGAGUUGACUGGAAGAAGCCAAAGUACACAUCUGCUCUUACUUACGAUGGAGUUCGGGUGAUGGCGGAGGCUUUCCAGAGCCUGCGAAGGCAGCGGAUUGACAUCUCCCGUCGUGGGAAUGCUGGGGACUGCCUUGCAAACCCAGCUGUUCCUUGGGGCCAAGGGAUUGACAUUCAGAGAGCUCUGCAACAGGUGCGCUUUGAAGGAUUAACCGGCAAUGUUCAGUUUAACGAGAAAGGACGUCGGACCAACUACACCCUCCAUGUGAUCGAAGUGAAACACGAUGGGAUCAGGAAGAUUGGUUACUGGAACGAAGAUGAUAAGUUUGUUCCCACAGCCACAGAUUCCCAAGGUGACAAUGAAUCCGUGACUCUACAGAAUCGGACUUACAUAGUUACAACUAUUCUAGAAGAUCCAUAUGUGAUGCUCAAGAAGAAUGCCAACCAGUUUGAAGGCAACGAGAGGUAUGAAGGCUACUGCGUGGAGCUUGCUGCUGAGAUUGCUAAGCAUGUUGGCUACCAAUACAGGUUGGAGAUAGUGAGCGAUGGGAAGUAUGGAGCCCGGGACCCUGACAAUAAAGCAUGGAAUGGCAUGGUGGGAGAGCUGGUCUAUGGAAGAGCUGAUGUGGCUGUUGCACCAUUAACCAUCACCCUCGUCCGAGAAGAAGUCAUAGACUUUUCCAAGCCAUUUAUGAGCCUGGGCAUAUCCAUCAUGAUAAAAAAACCUCAAAAAUCCAAGCCAGGGGUCUUUUCCUUUCUGGAUCCCUUGGCUUAUGAGAUUUGGAUGUGCAUUGUUUUUGCCUACAUUGGAGUAAGCGUUGUCCUCUUCCUGGUCAGCCGCUUCAGUCCUUAUGAAUGGCAUACUGAAGAGUUCGAGGAAGGGCGCGACCAGCCGCCCAGUGACCAGACUAAUGAAUUUGGGAUAUUUAACAGUCUUUGGUUCUCCCUGGGAGCCUUUAUGCAGCAAGGAUGCGAUAUUUCACCAAGAUCCCUCUCUGGCCGCAUAGUUGGUGGUGUCUGGUGGUUUUUUACCUUGAUCAUCAUCUCUUCCUACACGGCUAACCUGGCUGCCUUCCUGACAGUGGAGCGGAUGGUGUCCCCCAUAGAGAGUGCAGAAGACUUAGCCAAGCAGACAGAAAUUGCCUAUGGGACCCUGGAAGCUGGGUCAACUAAAGAAUUUUUUAGGCGAUCUAAAAUCGCCGUGUUUGAGAAGAUGUGGACGUACAUGAAAUCAGCAGAACCCUCCGUUUUUGUGAGGACCACAGAAGAGGGGAUGAUCCGGGUGAGGAAGUCAAAAGGGAAGUAUGCCUACCUCCUGGAGUCCACCAUGAAUGAGUACAUAGAGCAGCGCAAGCCAUGUGACACCAUGAAGGUGGGAGGUAACUUGGAUUCCAAAGGCUAUGGCAUUGCAACACCGAAGGGGUCUGCACUGAGAAACCCAGUAAACCUGGCAGUGUUAAAACUGAACGAGCAGGGGCUUUUGGACAAAUUGAAAAACAAAUGGUGGUACGACAAGGGCGAGUGCGGCAGCGGGGGAGGUGAUUCCAAGGACAAGACAAGUGCUCUGAGUCUCAGCAACGUGGCCGGGGUUUUCUAUAUCCUGAUCGGAGGGCUCGGACUAGCCAUGCUGGUUGCCUUAGUCGAGUUUUGUUACAAGUCCAGAAGUGAAACAAAGCGGAUGAAGGGUUUUUGUUUGAUCCCACAGCAAUCAAUCAACGAAGCCAUAAGGACAGCAACCCUUCCCAGGCCAGCUACAGCAGGAAGCAGCGGAGAAAAUGGACGGGUGGUCAGCCAUGAUUUCCCCAAAUCCAUGCAGGCGAUUCCAUGCAUGAGUCACAGCACUGGGAUGUCCCUGGGAGCUACGGGAUUAUAAUCGGCCACGAUGCAUCACCUGGGUGAGAGCCGGGUCUCGCCAGCCCCACCCCUCCAGUGCCAAAACCAAACCGAACAAAUGCAAGAAAAACAACGACGACAAAAGGGACAAUUCGAUGGAUCUUCCUGAGGAAAUCAAAUCUGUUUUCUUUGUUGUUUGCUGAUAGAUCCACAGGCAGGAGAACAAUAGCAGUCUGUACUGCGAUAAGGAGACGGGUAACGGGAUUCAGCAGGUUCCUGGACCAUCCUGGAAUGCAGACCCACUGGAGCACUGAGGAAGACUGUGCCAUUUUGUUUUAACUUGGUUGUUAAUAAGUCUUUGUGUGUGCAAUAUAUAUAUUUUUUCUUACCAAUUCCCAUGGUGUCAGGGUGACAUCAUUUCUCCCCCUUCCCCACUCAACCCUUUAGUCAGGUUCAGUGUGGGAUGCAAACCAUAAUGUCUGAGCUACUAACAAUGAAAGGAAAAUAAAAGGCAAACCUAACUCACUGGGAGUGUCAGCAUAUAACCCUGUGAUUCAUCACGAUUCUGCCAUCUGUUGCUUCAGCACUGUGGGGGCGGCGUUGUUGUAACAAGGCUGAUAGUACUGUGGAGGGAUCUCUCCAUUCUCCCUAUAAAAAAAAAGGACUUUAGAGACAAGAAAAUAACUGACACCGCAACAGAAAUCGACUUUGGUGGAGAAAGGGGGAGGGAGUGGCUGGAUGGAGACAAUGGCUGAAAGUUGUAACUGGCGGUGAAAGAGGCCAAGGCCAAUGUCAUAACUAUUCCAGAGAAGAUUAAUGGUGGUUCAAGGGAAAGCUGCUCUGAACUUGGGGUAUGAAUCCAUACCAGACCCUGCAGAGGGGAAACCCCCACACAUGGCAGGCUAGAGUGGACAAGUCAGCAGUGGACUAAGAUCAUGGCAGACUGCUGCGUAUGGAAGAGAUAAAGCAAAUAUAACAUCCGUCCAACCCCCUGCCUAACUUAUCUGGGGUUAAUGGGCAAUUGUCACCCAUUUCUUCAUUGCUUUGCUUCUGUACAUGCUCUCUUUGAUGACAGAACCACCCUGAGCCUGGAGUAAACCAUCUACAAAGCAAACAGACGGCCUGCUAACAAGUAAAAUGGAGCUAGAAAUGGUGGAGCUACACUCUGGACAUUCCUGCUUUUUGGCUGUGAAAUUCCCUUAUGGCCAGUUGUGAAUGAAAGGGGACAUUUCAUGGUUAACUGGCCAAGCCAGCCUCCUGAGAAGAACUAAGAUCCCAUGUAAUCAAACAAACGAGGAGGACAUCCCUCAAGAGCUUCACAAGCUUCUGUGAUGCUUCCUUGAAGUUGGACCCAGUUGAAUUCAGCUUCAGAAAUCACCACUUGUCCAGUCCCAUUGGUGGCAAAGCUAACGGCAGUGGAUUCUGGCCUAUUCAUCCUCAGCAAGCAAAUGGAACUCACAAGUGGCCAGCUGGUUCCCCUGCUUGGUACAGAAAAGUCUGUCUAUGAUCCAAAACCCAGUGCUGCUACUACUGGAAAUGAAAUGGCAAAAUCCAGAUUGCGAGACAUGCAGCAGGGGUCCAGCUGCUGGCAAUGUUGCCCCACUGUAUUUUUUUAAUUUUAUUUUUGCUACAAAAUUUUCAUUUUAUGAAGCUGCCAGCAUGGACAGUAGAAUGUUUUUCAUUUGGGGACUGAGAGGGCCUCCCCAAAAGCAAAUCAUUUAAAGGGGACCUUCUAGAGAGAUAGAAGAUCUGUCAAAGAGAUACCCUUCCUACCCCGUUCCUCUCCCCACACUUCCACCACUUGUGUCUGAACAGUCACUUCAGAUUUUUUAAGAGGUUGAAGCUUCUUCCAAAAGCCAGUGAGAACGCUGCACAGUGACAAGGGGCUGCCACCAGAGGCUCAUGGGCUGCUUUAUGUGUAAAGUAACAGAGAUUGCAACGUGGCAAGUGGAGAAACUGGGGGCGUGAGGAGGACAGGUAGAGAAGAGAGAGUUUGAUGAGAAAGUAACAAGCAAAUAACUUGAGCAGGUCGGUGAUGAAGAUUUCCCUGAGUGGUUUUUCAUAAGCACGACUGGCUGAAAACCAGUACUCUUUAGCGCAUGAUUCAUGGUGCGGUGCUGUAUGUCAGCAACCUUUAACGACUGACCUGCUCUGAACUGUUCUUUACCAUUUAGCUGUUUGCUACCCAUCUAUUGUCUCUGACUCUACUCCUCCUACGGUCACCCUCAGGAAACUGGCAAGUCAAAAACUCAAGGACCCUAACUAGGGCACCGCAUGUCUUGUGCCCUUGUGUGUUCUCUCCCUGCCAGUGGAAACCCUUGUAGUCUCCAUCUUUCAUCCAGACAAGCACUUUCAUCAGCCACUCAGAAUAACUCUUCAAGGGCACCAUCUCUGCGCUUAUUAUUAUUAUUUUAUCCACCUCUUUAUUUUUUUUUACUUCAGUUCUGUAUACGUUCAGGAGUGGAGCAGGCAUCGAGGGUGCUUUCCUGCUUCUGUCCCAGAGCUCUUCUGGGAAAGUCUGAGGCUUGAUUCUUUUCUUGUCCCAGGGCCUUUCAUAACCCAGUUAUUUUGCCACCUGAAAUUGCACUGAGAGCAGGCUGCAGAGAUUCACUUUUCUGUGGAAUUGGAAAUAAGCCCCAUCAACCUUCAAAGACCCCGCUACCUUUGUGGCAGGGAAUCAAAGAAGCUCUGUCCAACAAUUGAAACAGCCAGUUAGAUGGCCCUGUAGGAACAAACUUUCUGUGAUAGGACUGAAUGCCUGUGAAAAUAAGACAGGAGACUCAAUCUUAGAAUGCUUUUGAUCAAUGGAGGGGUGAAAAAAGGAAUGAGACAAAAGCGUGGAAAAAAAUGUUAACUUGUAAUAUGUAUUUUUACUACACUUUUCUUAAAACUAGAAUAAUGGGAAAACUCUUAAAGACAUUGACAUUUUUUCUCAACAGGAAUCCAUAGUUAACAGUUUCGGCUUUCAUUAAAUUUUGCUCUUUGGUACCUGGAUCUUUUAUUUAAUAGCUCUCUUUGUUUUAACUCUCUUUCUUGGUAGAACUACAAAGGGAUUUUGCUUGAUCAAACAUACAAACAUUUUUCGUUUUGUGUUCUCUUUUGCAAAUGGUGCUUUUAAUUUUAUUUGAUUUUAUUUACAUAAGAAAUGAAAAAUAUCGCCUGGAAUUUAAGUACCGAGAUUUCACGGUCCAUUUUCAUAGCUGUCCAUGCUAUUUUGUGCCAGUGCUGGAUGUGUGAUAUGAAAAUGAUGUUACCCCAGAGGCAGUCUUACCCAACCUGAAUCAAACUAGAUUUCCUUGAUUUUUGCUGUGCCUGACUUGUGAACAGCAGCCAAAUAAACUGCUUCAGGUUCAAUUUGGGAAUCUAUCAAAUAUUUACCCAACGAGUGAAGGCAAAAAUAUCAUUUGUGGUGGAUGGGGGGGGUGGGGAAUGCUGAGGGCUUUCUUGUUUGUUUGGAGUUUUGGAGGGGGCGGGGGUUGGGAACAGAAUAGGAGGUUUUUAGUUUGUUUUUGCAAUCCGUGAGGUAUUGUCAGCUCCAAGUCAAAUCAGAACCAGCACUGGUCCAAAAACCCUCCCCAGUCUUGACUUUUAUUCAAGAUGUCACUGUAUCUCAGAGACUGGAACACUUGACAUCUUUCCCAUUCUCUUUCACGCAGUUAGCCUGUGGAACUCCUUGUAACAAGAGAUCGUUGAGGUGAAAAGGUUAGCAGGAUUCAAACAGCUCAGACAUUUACACAGGUAAUGAGAUCAGCUACAGUUACACUAGUAAGGAUUGAAAGUGGUGCAGGGGAUGACAACCAACGUUUGAAAGGGCAUAUAAACCCUCGUACUUCAGUGUAUCAGAUGACCCCUAACUGAUGGGGGCUAGGAAGAGACUUUUCCUGUGGGCAAGUUAUUUCAUAACUGCCUACUGUACACUUUCCUUGCCUCUGCCUCUGAAGGAUCUUCCUCCAGCCAUUCUUGGAGGCAAAAUACUGGGCUAGAUGGACCUUGGGUCUGAUCUAGUGUGGCCGUGCCAGUGUUCCCGCACAACGAAAGAGAAUCCAUUUUGGCUCACAGUACAGCAAUUAAAGAUGGGCAAGAAAUGGAAGAAGAAUAAGCCUAUGUCCCUGUAAAAGUAUCCUCCAAUAGUGAUCAGAAAAGAUGUGGACAAAUUGGAGAGAGUCCAGAGGAGAGCAACACAAAAUAUUUUUAAAAAAUGUUUAGAAAACUUGACCAGUGAAGAAAGGUUAAAAACACUGAGAACGUUUAGUCUUGAGAAAAGAAGACGGAGGGGGACCCUGAUAAAAGUCUCCAACUAUGUUCAGGGUUGUUA